AAGCUCGGUUUUAAGAUCGUAGAACUUACAUGGCGUUACAGUGCACAGGUAUAUAAAAUUGUAGUAGUAAGUCUCCUCGCCACACGAUAAAUAUCUAAUUAACUAACAAACAUCUGGCGGUGCGUUCAUAACCUCGAUGCACUACAGUUAUUUAUAAGAAAGCUUACGAAAUCAUCAUAGACUUGUUACGAAACAACAGCGGUCUCGGAAUUACGCAAUUUCUCGCGGAGCCAGUAACACUAGAAGGGGGCUGUUUACGUGUAGCUCGCGGUCAAUAUUAUAGCGAGGCUUAUGUAACCCGAGUAUACAUGUAUUAGCUUACACGUGCGGUUAUAUUGUUUAGAUAUACCAUACCUUCAUAUGUUUCAUUGUCACCUGUACAUUGUGGUCAGAAGUGUCCUUCAGCUUGACCAUUUCCAGGAUUCACUGACCAGACAGUGCGGUAUUUACUCUACAGGUGUGUUAACGAGCUAGAGCAAUUUGCUGUUGGGAAAUAUCUUUCUUAAAAAAAGCAAACAUCUUCGUUCUCGGGGACCAGGUGCAAUUUCACAAAGAUGAUGUCGGAUGGACAACUGGAAAGACCUUCUGCUGCGUAUAUACCAUGGGAUGGCAAAAGUCAUAGGUUUGAACCAAUAAUCAUAAGUACCAAUUCACUAAGGGGAAUGGCACAGACUCGACAGGCGAAACGAGUAAUACCAGAUACUCUCAAAGACGAGAAGUAUUGGGAAAGACGAAAAAAGAACAACAUUGCCGCUAAGCGGUCAAGAGAAAACAGACGUCGUUUCGAGAUAGAUGUUCGCCUAAAGCUUGAAUUUCUAGAAAAAGAAAACAUACUUCUCAAAAAGGAAGUAUCCGUAAUGAAGUUGAAAUUUGGUAUUCCAUUGGGACAUUCCAUUUUAUCUGAUCAAGAAAAACUGGAUUGCAUCAACGAUUUCAAAAAGAAGAAAGGGGAAGAAGAAGCAGCAGAAGAAGAAGAGUAUGAAGAAGAAUGCAGACAGGCAUCAUAUAGCUCGGAAGUUCAAAGAAACUGCCUAAAGACACCUGAAAAUCAAUAUUCGGGAAACUAUAUUUCGUCUGAACAUGAAGUUGGAAGAAGUUCACCCGUAUGCUAUGGGUACGAACAGCGAACGUCUUUUGGUAAUUCACCCGACGGCAUCGUAUGGUCAACUGGCACCGACGAGCAACCUCAAAUCAAGCAAAAUGACAACCAUCAUCAAUUAACAAUCGAAGGUUUCUAUAAAAUGCCUGAUCUGAACCCAUGUAACUCAACUGAAGAAACGCAUUGUCAUUGUGUGCCCUACCAGAUGGGCUAUAAAGGGCACGAACAGGGUUUCUAUUUGGGAGCCAAUCGAAAACAAACACACGUCUCCGCAAAUCUAUAUCUGGCUAAGUCACGUGACUUUGACCGAAACGGAGGUGCACCUGUACACAUUUCAACUUUCCAUGGAGUCAACCCAAACAGUACCAAGGCAAUCGAACAAGGUUACCCGAAAACAGAGGCGUAUAGAUCGAUUUCUCCUGAAAACAGCAAUGCUAAACUUGACAGACAGGACCUGAGGAGGAAGAUUAUGCAAUUAUCUGCUCAAUGUGAGGAAAUGAGAGACCUCGUUUUCAAGACAUAAACUGCAUUUUUCUGAAUAAGGUCAAAUUGAUUUAUUUACACAUAUUACUAAUAAGACUCGUGAUCUUGUUCUACAGAACAAACAAAAUGCCCACAUUGCCCAAAACAUUGUUAAAUAGCUCUUACGAUUUGGACUAGUGUUUCGAUCGAAGAUCGGUUCAGUUGUAAAGCGUUUGCUUCAACAAGAAUAAGUGAUGCUAAGUUUACUCGCGCUUCCACGUGGUGUCAAUCCAGCGACCUGAAUCAUUUUAGUCGGACACUACCAACGAGUGAAGGGGGAAGAUCAUGUGACUAGGAGGACAAGACAACUUUAACCCUGUAUACCAGUAUUUCCUGCGAAGUGCAUUACCGGAUAUUUGAAACCAACACCAGUUUUAAGUAAACUGUUGAAUUGUAAAUGAUAUGUUCCUCUGCUGGGAGAUCUUUGACCUUGUCGUCUGACACUACCACUGAACCGAAGGAUCAUUGAUGCAUCAUUCUUUACAUUCCUUAUGUUUCUUUUUUAGCUGAUGAGCACAAUUAUACGUAUUACAUGCAUUGUGUACACUGUAUAUUAUUUACAAGUUUGCUGGAUUCUUACUGACGAACUUCUAUAGAUAUGAUUGAGUUCUUCAUUGUGAUGAUCUGACAAAGAACUAUACACAUUCAAAUACAUAACAAUAGAGUUCUUGGCGGAAACCUUAUCCGUAGCCGUAGCCGGUCCCGAAAGGUAUCUGGCUUGGAAAUUCAUUAUUGAAGAAAUAUCGAAAACAAUAUCAAAAUGAUAAAUACAUUAAUUAAUUAAUUAAUAUAAACUACAUUAAUUAAUUAAUUAAUAUAAACGAAAUCUGCAGCAGAUAACAAGUAAAUCGUCUUACAGUGAUUAAAAAAUCGUUGUGAUAUACAUGAUGUACUU